UAUCUGUAACAUAACAUUUGUUUUAUAAAUCUACUUUACUUAAUAACCAGCUUAAAUAAAAGGGCUCACCAUUAGGAAACACGUAGUUAAACUUGAAAAAAGGUUGUUUUAAAUGUGACAAUCAUAUACGGUACAACAUACGAUCAAUAUGGCUGAUCAGGAAUUUAAUACGAAUAACUAUUUCUCCGGACAGGGACACGCGUUUUCAAAUAGAAUGACCCAACCAAAUGACGUCACAUUUGGAUAUUCUAACGCCGCUAGAUGCCAGCAGGGAAUUGAUCAGCCUGAUACGGUGAUGAUACAACGCCCCUCAACCAAUCUGUUCCCAAGUUCUGGUUACACCACAAAGGGACUUGGUUGUCAUCCCCAUAGAUCAAUUAAUGAAUGGAAAUUAACUGAAGCUAAAGACAGGUGGCAAACAUUUGUAAAUUGGCCGCAGUAUAACCCAGUGCCUUCGACAGAUCUUGCGGCCGCAGGGUUUAUAUAUACAGGGCCCGCCGAUACCGUUAAGUGCGUCUUCUGCGAGGGGCGACUGAGGAAUUUUGAGGUAGGAGAUACGGCUAUUGGAGAACACCAGCGCCAUUUUCCUAGGUGCGAGUUCGUCCUUGACUUUCAGAGAGACCCGAGUGUGUUUCACUUCGUGCAGGAAAAUCUCCGUGAAAAGCAACGGUCUUUGUUUCGACCGGAAAUACAUGCUGCGGCACAAUAUUCAGCAAACAAGUCUUGUUCCUACGACGAGACUAAUACGUUUCAGGUUCCGACUGACGUAAUUGGGUCACCGCAAUCCGGAAUGGGCGGUAGGAUGAUACCAGCGCGACCAGAAUUGUCCUCUUUCCCGGCUCGUUUAGCCACGUUUGCCAGAUGGCCACCAGGUAUAAAGCAGACCCCAAAUGUCUUAGCAGAAGCCGGACUUUACUACUUAGGCGUGAAUGACAGCGUAAAGUGCUAUUUCUGCGAUGGGGGUUUGUGUAACUGGCAGCCGACAGACGACCCCUGGGACGAGCACAAGACUUGGUUUCCGCAGUGUUGUCAUGUUUUGAAACACUUUCAGGAGAAUGGGCAAAGAGUUGGCGGAAAGGGCCAUGGGUUGACAACGGCAGCACAGCUAAAACCGCCAGCUGCGCCAACAUCGAGUGCUUCAAAUGGUGGCUUAGUGUGCAUGACCCCCUCCUCCAACAUCUCCCCUCGCAAAAGACAGAAGAUUGAUAUGAAUAAACCAUAUAUCAGAGCGGCAGUGGGGGUCGCUGAUUGCUCUGAACACUACGCCAGGAAGGUCAUUAGGAAGUACAUCAAGGAAACAGGCCAGGAAUUUGAGAACGCCGAGCAGUUUCUGGACUACCUAUUCCAUAUGGAAGGCAGGGCAAUAGAUUCCGACUCCUCGGACUCUGAAGCAGAAACAUCUUUAUGUGAAACCAGCUCCUCACCAAAAUAUACAGAGGAACAGCCAGUUGCAGCCAUUUUGAAGGAAGUUCCCGCUUCUCAUAAGUCUCAAAAUUAUAUCAACCACCAGGCGGGCCAUCCCUUAAAUGGACAUCACGAAGACACAGCCGAGGCGUUGAGAUUAGAAAAUCAGCGCCUUAGGGAUGAAAGGAUUUGCAAAAUCUGCAUGGACGCCGAUGUUGCUGUAGUGAUUCUUCCCUGCGGCCAUUUUGUGUGUUGCGAAUCAUGUGCGCCCGCGCUGAUGAAGUGUCCCAUUUGCCGGGUGGACAUACGAGGGACAGUGAAGACGUACAUAUCUUGAAGAGGAGAUUGAUAGCAACACUUUAUAGAUAUAGACGGUUAAUUAGCAUAAAAAGGAUUUUCUCUGAAAUUUUGCCCAUUUUGUUAUGAACUCAUGGCAUACAUCACACGAAAACAUUAAGAAAAUAAACAUCAGAUGGUAGCUUUUGAAGUCACUUAAGGAAAAAAAGGCAACUUUUAUUCAUCUCAACUUUUCACCAGACGUCUUUCAGAUGUGCCUGCACUCUUGGACAUAAUAACGAAUAUAAAAUAUAAUUCGUUAUUAUGUCCAAGAUGCGCAUGAGCAGAACGGAUGGUUCACUCCACUACAUGUACGGAUACCACUGCAAACCUAGAUGGAGGGCAGUCCGAGCACGCGUGGUUUGAAGAGGGAGGAAAACUCCACGGCUGUGAAAAAGAAAGUAAAGCGAGAAGUACAGAAGUAAGAAUGUUAAUGUCAUUGGCAGGCCAAC